UGUACGGUGAAGGUGGAAAGAAUGUUGAAAGCGGACGUAGCGCAAACCAUGUUUUCUUAAAUCUGGAUUAAAUUCAUUAUUUCCGAAAUUCAAAACUUUCGAUUUGGAUGCAAAGUGUAGUUUGUGUGUUAAUUGCAAUACCGGGAACACUCUGAACUGGUGAAAAUUUCAAAUAUUCGUGUUGUUAAUUUGUGAAAACCCGCUCUGAUUUCCAACUCCGUUUACCUGCUUCAUCGCUCGCCCGCUCGCCUUUCGUCGCGUUGCGUUUAUGAAACGAAGAAAAAAGAAAACGGUAGAAACAAAAAAAUUGGUAUAAUUUGCAACUCCUUCGCAGCUGCAGCAACAAUUACGACAACGAAUUUAAACCUCGAACCAUUUAUUCUGUGAAUUAAAAUCUAUUGACGAAUUUUUAAAGGAAAUUAAGUGAAUUGUGUUUCAUGUAGCUAGUAGCUAAAACUCGAAAAAUGUUGAGUUGACCCACGAACAUAACCAGUGCUGUAACGAACGUGCGAACAAACGAAUGAAAAACGAAAGCUGUUAAAAAGAAGUUGGGGAUGUAGUAGAGCAGAAAGAAGAAGUGAUAAAUUGAGUGCGAAAUGCAUAAAACGUAAAUGCCUACCAACGAAAAAUAGUAUAUGUCAAAAACAGUGAAGAAGAGCUGCAGCAGUGAAGUCAAAGAAUAAAAUUAACGAAAAUACCAAAUUUUAAACAAGUAUUUGUGUUCGGAAGCAAUAAUCCAAUGAAAAAUUAUGAUACAAUUUCUUUUAAGUGAAAUUUUGCAGUGUAAAUUUAAGCCAUUCGAAGUUUGUGCGACUUGUGAUUCAUUUGCUCGCAUUGAAAAAUUUAAAAAGUUAGCACAUCGGGCUUGCGCUGAGUGUGUAGUUCUUGGGAAGCAACUCCACAGCAUCACAACUCUUUUGAAAGCGUACGCGUGCGCAUAACAAAAAAAGAGUUUGUUAAAAUUUGUUAGCAAAAAGUGUGAAAAAGUUUGAUUGGCAAUUUCAAAUUUAUUUUCUUGGUCAGUAACUGAUAGCUGCGUAGCAAUUUCGCUUUUUUUUAGCUUUUAAAACUUGUUUAAAAUAUUCAAAAGACCAACAGAUUGUAAGACAAGUAAACAGCAUCAACAUGUUUACCGAAGGUAUUUUCCCAAUUGGUGAUGGCCUCUUGGACAUCAACGAGGAACGACUUAAAGAACUGCUGGUUGCAGAAGAUAUUAACGAAAUUUAUGAAUUGGAACAGACACCAUUUGCCAGAGGCAAAUUCGCUGCUGUACGUCGCGCUAUACACAAAAAUUCUGGUGUACAUUUUGCUGCCAAAUUUCUAAAACGACGCCGACGCGCUCAAUCCUCAGAUAAGGAGAUCAAACAUGAGAUCGCUGUGCUAAUGCUAUGCGAUGGCGCCGACAACAUUGUCAAAUUAAAUGCGGUGCACGAGUCACGCUCCGAUACGGCGUUGCUGCUGGAACUAGCAACCGGUGGUGAACUACAAACAUUUCUAGACAAUGAGGAAUGCCUCAGUGAGGCACAUGCCCGCUAUUGCAUGCGCGAAGUACUUAAAGCAUUACAAUUUUUGCACAAACGUUCGAUUGCACAUCUCGACCUGAAGCCACAAAAUAUAUUGCUCACUGGUGAGCGCAUUGAAGAUGGUUUAAAACUGUGCGAUUUUGGCAUCUCUCGUGUCGUUGCCGAAGGCACAAAUGUGCGUGAGAUUGUCGGCACACCGGAUUAUGUUGCCCCCGAGGUGUUGCAAUACGAACCGCUCUCAUUGUUGACAGACAUUUGGUCGGUGGGCGUAUUGGCGUAUGUGCUACUGUCCGGUUUUUCGCCUUUCGGUGGCGAAACAAAACAGGAAACGUUCCUCAACAUAUCGCAAUGUGCACUGACAUUUCCGGACAAACUGUUUGGCGGAGUGUCCGCUGUGGCAAUUGAUUUCAUACGUCGCGCCUUGCGAAUAAAGCCAAAUGAUCGCAUGACCGCUGCAGGAUGUCUCGAGCACAUUUGGUUGAAAGACGAAUGCUCCAUCGAUAGACAAAUCCUCACAGACAUCACCAAACCAACGACAGUCGACUCAGCAACAGCUGCAGCCGAUGAUGAUGAUGAAGAUGACGUCUGCGACGACGACGAUGAGGAGGAGGUGGACGAGGACGAGGACGAGGAGGAGGAUGUAGUGGGAGCGGAUGAAGUAGAGAAUGAAAACGAAAUGUCACAUGAUGACGGUGAAGAUGAACAAGUCAACAUAAGCAUUGAUGCUGACCAAUUAAAUGGUACAAACGGCAGCAAAAUGGAAUCAUCCGACACGGAGGAAGUGGAGGAGGGAGCUCAGCCAUCCAAGCCUGCGCCUGCGCCUGCAGUUAUCACGAAUGGCCAAGCAACAUACAAAAACAGCAACAGCAGCAAUGGAUAUGGCAAAUAUAAUGGACGCAGUGCCAGCAAUGCCAAUUCAACAAGCAACAGCGCGCGCUUCAACAGUACCACGAACGCUGGUUCUGCUGGUAGAUAUUCUAAUGGCACAAAAUCUGCUUCAAACGGGAGUACAACAACAACGACACAAAGAACAACCGCCAUCGUUACGGUGCCAGCAAUGCGUGCCACAACUAUACCGCUACAGUACAACAGCAGCCUUCAGCACCGCCAAUAUCCGCACCACCAACAACCGCAGCAGCAGUUGCAGAAGCCACAUCAACAACACCUACAGAUACCUGCACGCCGGCACUCAUCUUCAGAUUCCAAUAAAGAGAACACAUAUUUGGCCACCAAGAAAAUCACGCCGACAACAGCUGGUAUUGGGAGUGUCGUGGUGAAGAAGCCACUUUCGGCCACAUCAACAGCAACAAUAAUGAUUGCAAGCAGUGAUGUGGGCACUUCAACGACGACAGCGGGGGGAGUUGCAGCAGCCGCCAAUGUGGUGGCCACAUUUACACUGCCCAGCGGUGGCUAUGGUGGCAACAGUAGCCAAAUGAAUGUGAAUAGCAAUAAUGCUAAUAACGAAAAAUACAUAAGUACCACAACAGCAACACACUGCCUCUUCCCCGACGCACCUACAACCCCGAAAGUAAUACGUAAGGCACCCAACGCCGAGGCAUCGCCCACCUCUGUGAAAGCGCUAGUGAAAAAGUUUCAACUAGAAGGUGGCAACACAAGUCCGAGCAGUUUGGAAAAGCACGCAUUGACACAUCUUAAAGAGGCACAAUCAACCAAUCAGCAACCGCAACAUGCCAAUACAACAUCACCACAAAUGAACGGCGCCAGCAGUGACAGUAACAGCAGCAAGAAGUCUUCGCCAAUGAGCAACGGCAUCGCAAAGAAAUCGGAUUCGAUGAGAAAAUAUGUUGAUAAGAGUGGAAUUGGCAGCACCAUAACCAACGGCCGACGCGCCUCUGAACCCACAACGACUGUAAAACAUGUAACAGUGGCGCAUACCCGCUGUGGCAGUAUGCCAACCAGCUACAAAUCGACUUGCGUGCUUUGUAUCAGCUACGGUGGCAGCAAGACGCCAGCGACGACGGCGUCAAUGAACGGCACCGCCGCCAACGGAUGCAGGCAUUCUAUGGAUGGCGCAGGCGGCAAACAUACCAAGGCAUGCAAUGGCAACAGCACCAAUAAAGCUAGUAACAACAUUGCCGCUAAUAAGAGUAAUAAAAUGGGCAACAGCAACACUAACGCCACGACCACUGCUACAGCAACAGCAACAGCCAUCGUUAAUGGCAGCAACUCCUCGACGACAACCACCACUACUACUGCCGCUUUAUUGCUUGGCACCCAUCAGCAGCAGCAACACCUUCAUAAUCAUCAUCAUCAUCAUCAUAACGUCAAUGGCGUACACCAUCACCCACACUCCCAACCCCAUCCCCAUCAUCACCACCACCACCACCAUCACAUGCAUGUGGCGGCGAAGAGUGCUGCAGGCAACAAUUUAAGCUUGGAUCAGGGUAUUAUUUGUUAGCUAAGGGCCAACCGUGCGCGCAGGAAUGCCAGAAAUUUCUUUAAUCGAUUUCUAUGUUGUAUGUAGUAUUGCGUGGAUGCUGUGUAAGCGGCUGGCGAGCGAGCGCAAACUAAUAGCUUGUAGAUAUUUAGGUAGCUAUGCAGCUUGGCUGCUUGGUGGCAACAGCAACAGGUGGUUGAGGCGGUUGUGUGUGCGUGCGCAAUUAAGGAGAUAUGAGCGCAUAUUUUCCCGCCCACUAUUUUUUUUCUUAAACUUAAUCUGUCUUGUUAAAGUAAUGCUUAAAAAGUGAUUAAACUAAAAUAUAUUUAUAAAUAUAAGUAUUGUUGCAAAAUAUGCGUUCUAAACUCCUCUGACGAAACACACACACAAGUGGCCGAUGCUGAUGCCAAAUGACCACAGCACACGCAUGCGCGCUUUAGCGUAGUAGAAGCCGCUGUAAAUCGGUGCGUGAAAUUAGUAGCACGCAGCUUAAUUUAGUUAGGUGUUAUAACUUUACAGUUAUUUAAUAUGAAAACAAAAAACUAUAUUGAUACGAAAUAGUUGCGAAACUGGUAGCGUAAAAUUGAUAAGUUGAUAUCUGAAUUAGGUCAAUAUGGUGGAUGAUGAUUGAAUGACAUAUGGCAGUUGCACAAGACUUUCUAUGUACUUGUAUGAAUGCAUUAUUCCCAACAAAUAUUUAAAGCAUAGCGGUUCUUCAAUGAGUGUUUUGUCCAAUUCUGUUUAUUUUUUUAUAAACAGCACUAUUACUGUUUGUAUUCAAAAGCUUCCGCUUAAUUCGUACGCAUUCAGCUGCUUGCAGUAUGCCCUUCUACUUUUUUACUGAAAAAUGUUCAGAAAAAACCUCUCAGCCAUUCACACACACACACACAUACACGAACGUUCAGCUACUUCUCUAUUAUUUAAUUUAUUUAGUUGAUUUACGCUAUGAUUACGAUUUUUUAUAAUUAAAAAAAAAAUGCUGUAGUCUCUAAGUCGGUUUAUUUUUGUGAAACCUUUAUUUUAUAAUAAAUAUAAUUCCGCAUAUCAAAACACAAUUAAUUUGCAUAGAAUAAAAAAUUUUAUGGUGAAAAGUAAUAUUUCUAUUACUGUUGGAAGUUAAAGCUAAAGUUGUGAAUUGCAGCAAAGAAAUGCCCAAUAUUCUAGUUUUUAUAUAAAUAAAUAAAACUAAAUUAAAUAUUUGAAGAAAUGCGCAUGGCAAAGCAGUGGCUUUUGCGUUUUUGCUAGCAUGCGCUGCUGCUCUUAUUAAAGGAAAGAGCCUUAGUUAAUUAGUUAAUAAAUAUAAAAGUGUAUACCUGUAGUAGUGGUUAUACUGGCUGUUAGGGCUUCAAAUUGUUGGUGUCGCUGCCGUGGCUGUCUUCUUAUGCUGCGCUGCUCUGCCAAGCAGCUGAGAUUUAGGCGGUUCACUUAAUUUUCUAUCUAAUUAUUGAUUGCUUUUUUUUUCUUUUGUUCGAUAACCAUUUUCUCUACAAACUUUUUUCUGAACAAUCGCAGAAAUGAUAAAACUCGGUAACUAAAAAAAUUUAAAAGGAAAUUAUAUAUGUACAUAUGUAUGUACAGCUUUAGCUACUUUUACUUUUAGUUAAAACCGGCAUUCUUCAAUUAAAUAAUUACAUCCAUAUAAAUGCGAAUGCUGUUGUUAAGUAUAUGCCGAUCGUAGACAAAUAGUUACUAAUUAAUUGAGUUAUGAUAAUUGAUAAUAACUGAAAUUGAAUUAAUAGUUAUAAAAAAAUCUAUGUGGCUACUUUCUGUCAACACAACACAUAAACGAAUAAAAUAAAUCCAUUAUAUUUGGUAAUGCAUUAUAAA